GAAGGAGAGAAAUGCUAUUGUUCAACUUUUUUUUUUUUUUGUUUGAUUUUAAAAUCAUCAGACUAACCUGUUUCCAAAUGAAAGUAAGAUCUGAAUGGAAUAUUCUUUAAGGAAAAAAAAACAGGACAAAAUAUAUCAAAGAAACAUGUUCAUUUUUAUCUAGUUGGCAGAAUAUUAUUGGCAUCAGUAAUGAAACUGCAUGAAUGAGGGACAUUGCAGUCUGGCCCUGUGCUUCUGUUCCAAUACCAAACUAGAAUUUUUAGGGAAAAAUACUUGAGUUUGUUCUUUAAGCCAUAAUUGCCACCAGCUAUCUUAGCUCUUCCUCAUUUUUUCCACGUUCCCCUCAUCUUGCUUUUAUGUUUAUUUUUCAAACAGUGACCCAUGGAGUUCUGAAAUGAAGUCUGCUCCUUGGGAGAUACUACAGCUGCUUUGUGUAUUGGUGCCCUAGGCAGAUGUUUGCCCCCAGGAUCCCUGGGGUUUUCAAUCCUCUUAUGAGAGAGCUGGGGCGUGUGUCCUUCUUACACCAGCUCUGUUAGAAAUCAGGUUUCCAGCUCCAACUCCUCCAGAAGCCUGGUAGGAAACAGGGAUAGAAUACAAUUCGAUCCUAUGAACCAUUCUGUAGAAUCCCAAACCAAGGACCUGGCAUAUAAUUAAUGAAUCAACACUGAUUCAUAAUUCUGACAAAUUCCUUUCCUUAGAAAAUUUUCAACCACUUCCAGACUUGGCUUUGUGUAUUGGCUUGGUUUCCUAAGCAUUGCUGAGACUCAGUAUUUCUGUGAGUACUCAACGUGAUUUGCAAAGGCUUAAAACUUGAGGAAAAUUUGUAAAUAAAAAAUAAACUAUAGUUAGAAAGGGGUGUAAGCCAUCAGUUUUUUCAAUGUUAAACAUACAGUUGAUUGUUUCAAUCCUUGAUAUUAUGAUGGUGGAAAGAGUGCAGAUAAAUUACUUUUCUUCCUUGUUUAAAUUCAAUCCAAAACAUAACCUUGUUUAAAUUCCAGGUGUUCUGUUUAGAGCUAUCUUAUCUUUUUUUUUUUUCAAAAAGUCUUUUUUUUCCUCAAAAUAUCCUUUAUAAAUAAUUAGUUUUAAGUGAAUGCUGAGCUUUGACAGACCCUCAAAUCAUUGGAAAUGCAGGUUUGAACAAUAUUUGAAAACUAAAGUGCUAUAAAUCAAACUUAGUUGAGAGGUCAUCUUUGGGAUUUGACUGACUAAGAGAUACUCUUCACCUAUAAAUGUUUUUGCCUUCAAUAAGUUAUUAUAAAUGUAAGACACUGCCCUCACUACAGUUUGGACUAUAAAGGUGUUUUGGGAGUCUUUUCCCCCCAAGAGAUCUUGUAAUUAUGAUGGAUGGAAUAUUCCACUGCAAAUUUUUAUAUGGUUUCAUAGUCUGAUAACCCUCUAAAAUACAUGUGAGAAUGAACAAUUUCACAUUUUAAAUUCUUAUUCAAAAAUUCCUGCGGCAAGCAAGUUUGAAGAAACUUUUUAUGUGGCUGUUUUUAAUCCAUCAAUGAAUGACAACAAUUCUGCAAAUAGAUGCUUAUUUGCUGUCAUAUGUGAUAAAAUUCAUAAACAGUAACAGUAGUCAAUUAUUCACCUAAGUAGCAAAAUUCCAGGAUAACCAGCGUCACAGUCAUAGACUAAGAUUAUUGGAUUUUCUGGGGAAAAGGGAAUAAGUUUCCCCAGGGAAGAAGUUUGGAUUUUCUGGGAAAGAAGUGUCUUGAUAUCCUUUCAAGAUAUCUUCUAGUUCUCAUUUGCUUGAUGCAAAGAAGUGAAAGGGCAAAGGACUUGAAAAUAAAAGGUGGAAGAGAAUAAAUGACUUCUGAGAUGAGAGUACAGAUCCACAGACAUGAGCAAAGUAACUUUUCUCCAUUAAGAUAAACUACAGGUCAAAGGUUGGAUAAUUCUUUGUUGGGAAUAAAAAAUCUGCCAAAAUUAGUGUAUUUAAAUAAAAGAUAAUGGACUGAAACCUAGAGAGAGAUGUGGAGAACUCAACAGAGUGCCCAACAACUGUGUUUUGAUGUUUAAUCAACUAAGCUGAUGAAAUACUGAAUAUCCUAGGCUGCAUCUGAAAAUUGCAAGGAUGAAGUCUUUGGAAAUAUCACAAAUAGUCUCUCAUUUAUUGUUUCUCCAGACCAGGGGAUGUGUUGAAGAACACUGUGCUCACAUUCCUACCCAUACCAGCUUCUUAUCCCUCUGAUGACAGCCAGGCUAUGAUUUGCUCUGAGCCCAGUGAGAGCACAAUUCAGAUACAGCUUUGUUUAUAUAAGCCAGUGCUGGAACCAUAGGGAAUAAUCUUACUGUUUAAGAUUUUACAGUGUUUAAUAGAUAAACUGUUGAAAAUCUGCAUGUGGAAAACAAUCAAGAUGAAAGUAACCAUGGGACAACAGAGUUCAUGAUUCAAAGGAAAGAAAGAGAUGAAAGAAGCAGAAUAAUAACACUGGACUUCAAAAAAGCAAACUUCAACAAAUUCAAGGAAUUGAAUUGACAUCCUGGGGAAGGAGUUAAAACACAAAGAAAAGUUCAAGAGAGCUGAGAGUUUCUAAGAGUUUCUAAGGCUGUAUUUAAGUUUAACAGUCUAUCCACAUGCAGUGGAAAGAAAACUCAGAGAGCACUGUGGCUGCAUUAGGGGCUCAUCAAUUACCUGAAAAAAUCAAAAAAGAAUGCUGGGGGAAAAAAAGUAGAAACAAGACAGCUACAUUAUCAAGAACAAAUAUAAAAGAACAGCACAGCAGGUUAGGAACAAAACUGGACAGACAAAAAAAUUUGGCAGCAAGGGAAAAGCAAAACAAUAAAAAUUGAUUUUUAAAUAUUUUUCUAUUAUACAAUAAGAGCUCUCUGCUUCCCAGAAGAGGUAAGUAUCAGAUGGUACAAAAGCCUGGAGUGCUUGCUGUUCUACUGCCUCCCCUCUAAACAAUGCCUGUCAUAAUCAAAGUUAACCAGGAAUGCAGGUCAGAGGCUAUCAAGCUAAUUAGAUGUAUCAUUACAUUAAGUUCUGAUUAAAUCUGGUCUACAAUAAUAAGGAGGAAAAUUGAAAUAAUCUUAGAAUUACUUUAUUUUUGAUUGAGGAAGAAUAAGUGAGUUCCCAGAGAACCAGAAAAUAAUACUACUUUUUAAAAAUGGGCAGACCACAGGAAUGAGUGGAAAGGCAAGGUAAAGAGAAUGACAGAGAAUCAGCCAGAAAAACUUUGACACUAAAAGAGUUACUGGAAAAGCUGUCUGAAAUCUGCAAGCAUAGAGACUAAUUGAAAAGGCUGACAUGUUUUUGUCCAUUAAGUAAUUUUAAAUAACAUAAUGGUCAAGGUAACUGUCCCAAGACAUAAAAACAGCAUGUUGUACGUUGAAGUCAAUAAAUGCUUUGACAGCAGCUCGUCCUGGCCUGAUUAUACAUUUGGUUGCUCAGAUUCAGAUGAUGGGCCUGUAAGGUGAAUACACAACUGGUUAAUAAAUCAUUUCAAAGGGUAAUUAACUUGCUUUUUGAAUUGUGAAAGUGAAUUGAGUGGGGUUAGGACUAUGCAGAUGUUAUGAGUGAAAAGCAGGUGCAGAGCCCUCAGGGACAAGGCACAAAAUAAGUGAGAGCUUUGGCUUUAUCAAAAGUGUAGUGUUCCCACAGUGGGAAUCCCAGAGCAGCAAUGAAAUGAGGACCCAAGGCACUGGAGCCCUGCUCAGGAGUGAAGCUCCAGGGAAAGUGCAGUGGGGGUGAGUAAAGAAAUCUGUGCUAAUUAACAUUCCAUACAUAUGCAAUGCCCUGUUUUGCUCAUUAGCUGCCCCAUGUAAUGCAGGUGCUGCUGUUUGAAUUCCAAGAUCUGCUGAUGGCCUUCACCUUGGCACCCGUGCAGAUGGAGGGAAGCAAACUAUUCUGCCUUGCAGUAAUGAGGUAAAACAUGCUCAGUGAGAAGGGAACUAUCACAGACACGGUAACAACAAGAUAAGACCUGCCUGGGACUGUGCAUAGUCAGAUGAGGGAAGAAAACUAUCCAGGAUUACCAUAAGGCAGUCUUUUCCCAUCCUACACUGUAUGGAAUGUGUAGGAAUGUCUGUGAAUUUUACUGCUGAAAUAUAAGGUGGGAUGGAAAGCACACUUAUCCAACAUACAAGCUUAGAACUCACAAGAACCAUGAUAACAGUUUCAAUUUCAGCUUCAAGUCUUAGGGUUUUGAAGGAUAAAUAUUAAAUGAAAAAUCACUACUGAGCUUCAGUAAAAAUCUCUGGGGACUAUAACAGAUCACAAGCUGAAUAUGAAUCCAUGUGUGCAGUUUGCAAAAAGAAAAGAAGAAGGUGGGGGUAGAAGACCUGAGGUGUACUACAUGAGAACUGCACGUGACAGAAGGUAAUUAUUUUGCUCUGUUUGGCAAUAGAGAAGCAUCAGCAGGAAUUCUUUACCAUUUGGGCACUGCGGCUAGGAUACAUACAGCCAAAAUGAGAGAGUAGAGGACAACAAUAUGUGUUUAGAAUCAUAGACUGAGAAAGACUGAAAGAAUUGGAUUUACAUAGACAUGAUUGGAUUGAGCAAACCUAUGAAUGUGAAAUGUUGCUGUAAAAAAAAUUAGUAGCAGUAGGGGGUUUUGAGGGAUUUUUUGUGUUCUGUGAAGCUUAAGCACUUGAUUUUGAAACAAGGAUGAUUUUGUUUCAGUUUUUACAUUUGAAGGCUUCCUGUGAAAUACUGGAAUAGGUUACUUGUCUGUAACACACCUCUGAGGUCUGCUUUCUUGUGAAUUUUUAAGAACAAGUGAGAUAAAACUCCGUCAUAAGUGCAUAGGCCUUGUUCCUUGAAGGGAGAGGGACUCAGUAGGGAUCUUCAGUAAAGUAAACUGGGCACUAAUUCAAAUACUUGCCUGCAAUCAGGGAGUUAUAUUAAUUUGAUUAUUAAUUUAAUUGUAUUCCAGUCAGUUCCAUUUUCAGAGUUUUAUUUGCAUUCUUCCACUGAUACAUACCAGAAGUAGGUGAUGCUGUGGGAUGAGUUGCUAGAACUGAUGUCAGAGAUGUUGUACAGGGAUGCUGAAUUUCCUUUCCAUACCUAUGCUAAAGCAGUGAAAAAGUGAUUUGAUGCUAAGAGCAGCAGCAGGGGCGGUAGGGGCAGAGCCUGCCAUGCUCUAUCCAGCACUGUCCGUGUGCUGGGUGAGUCCCCUCAGCUGCCAGGAGCUCAGUGCCCAUCCCGGGAGUGUUCCUGUGUACAUGGGGCACUCAGGGACAUGCUUCAGUGGUGAACUUGGAUUAAGGGCUGGACUCGAUGGUCUUCGAGGUUUUCUCCAAACUGAAAGAUUCCCUGAUUCAGCCUCAGCUGACCCUUUACUGCUUCCCUUCGCUUGUGUGGCAGCUUUCUGGCUGUGAAGUCUGGCUGUAACCAGGAGAUGGCACACGAGGUCCUCUGCAGCGUUUUGGAUGGUGCUGCUGCGCCGGGAGCAAAGGGAGACUGAAAAACGAUCCGCUGUUCAGAUGUCUGCCCAAACCUUGCCUAUUAGAAACAUGCAAACACGAAAUGGCAGGGUUUUUUAAUAUGGCAUUUGCAAAAUGAACAUGUAUUUAUAUUCAGCGUUCAGCUCUCCCUGUAAUCUUUUAGAGAACAUGCAUGCACAUCGUCAUAGUCUUAAAUCCUGUUUACCUUCCAUCGAUGUGUAAUACACUCAUUUCUGUAAAACCUGGCAAAAGAAUUACCCUGCACUGUCUGGAAGAAACAUAGACAUCGAAUUGCAGGUUACAGGGGCAGAGUUAAGCAUCUUAACCUAACUACAUUCCUGUCCUCACCCACUAAGCCCAGCUUUUCCCUCCUCAGUAAACAAGGGGAAUGUCAGGACAUGUCUGUGCUCCCUGUUUGGGGUAAGUGAAGGCAGAUGUACAGUGUCAUUUAUGCUCUGUUGCUACAGUUACGUAUCCUGCCAAAAUUCUUCUCUUCAGGCAAUAGUAACAUUUGCAGGAUACUUGAUGUAAGUGACUGGAAUAAGGGAAACAGGAAGAAAUGGUGUAUAGUGGGGAAUACAGAUGAAGGGAAGAAAUAACUAAAAAUGUGAAAUGGAGAAGAGCCUUGAAGUCAGUAAAAAAAAUUUUAAAAAGGAAAGGUUAUUUCCAUUUAAUUUGAACAGAUUGGUUUUGGAGCAAUACAAGGACUUGAUUUAUUUUAGGUGUAAGUUAGGGGGGAAGGAAGAGACAGUAAAACAUUUACACUGCUGAGACCAAUGCAUUUCAAAGCAGCAUUGUGUGGCAUAGAGCAGGAUGGGCACAGAGCUGAUUGAUGUCCCAGGGCUGCCAGCUGUGAUAGCUCAUUCUCCUGCUGGCUGACUCAUCAUGCUCAAAUGCUAACUCUGGAAUCAAGAGGGAAAAUUAUUCAUCCUUUAAUAGCCGAAAUUGAAAAGUUACUUUCAAGAGUAAUAAAUGCUUUGGUCAGUAUAAUUUCUUUCUGAAUUUCUUUAGAUUUGUGGGAAGUAUGAAUGUAAUGGAAAAUUUCUGAUUUAAUGCACUCUUACAUGUUGCUAAAUGUAACUUUAGAAGUAAACAUCAUGGAAAAAAGUCUCUCAGCAAAGACUGAAAAAGAAAAAGGCCUUGAUGUAAAAUGUGAAGUUAGCCUCUCUGUUAGGUUUUGAAAAGAUUGCAAGGUGUCUAAGUGUGUCUAAUUGUUUUUAAAGUCUAAUUUCUAGUCUAAACAGAAUUAAACCAACAACAGAUUUCUGAGCCGUUUCAUUUGAGCAGUGUCCAUAGAGAUCUCCCUCUGGCAAUAUGAUAGCAAUGAGUGCUGAAGUAGCAUUUACAUUCCUGAAACUUGGAUGGUUUUCCAGCUAGAAUACUUUGUUUAAUAAUAAAUAAAUAAACAAAAGACUCUGCUUCUGUACCUUGCUUCUGUAACAAGAGCAGUACAUGUUCUAAAUGUGGUCCUGCUUCAUACUGAAUUUGACUUGUUUUUAAUAAGCUUAAAUUUUACUAAGGAGCCAUUAAAACAAGUGUUUUCUUUAUUAAUAUUUGCAGCAUGUCUCUGCAGAAUAUAUAUAUUUUUAAAACAUUUCACUGGUUCUUUUUUAGCUGUUUGGUUGCAGCCUUGUGUUAAGGAGCCGUGGGAGCUUUUGGCAUUUUGAGUGCUAUGUUGAUUUAUAUCAAUUCCAAACAUGAUGAGACGUUAAAUUUUCAUCUGUGCAUUGUCACUCCUUUAUACCAGGCCCUCCUGGUAUUUAUGCACAUAUGGUCUUUAAAUGCCUUGUGGAAAAGUAUCUCUUAUUUUGUCAAAGAGGAAAGAUAAUAAUUGUUAAUUAAGAGAUUAGUUGGAGGCCAUUUAUAAUGCUUUUAAGUCCUAAAUAGUGAUUACUCAGAAGCUGAAUGUGUGGAUAAGCACACCAGGGCAAAGUCUGUGUAAAUUGCAUUUCAGAUGCCAGCAGCCCUCGUUUUCCUGGGCAGACCUUCACGGGAAAUCUGCAUGUCCACAGGUGGACAUAGCCCCUGUGUGCCGUCACUCUUUGAGUUGCAUCUCCACCUAGCUACUCCUAAGAACCACAAAUUCCCUCUCACAGGACCCUCCAAUGGGACAGGGUCCCUUGCUGGUGCAAAAUGACAGUCCUUUCCUUUGGUCUCGUGUACCCAGGGCAGCAAGGCCAGGGGUGGCAGUUCUCCCUGUCCCUGGGGGAACCCGAGGUAGUGCCACCCUCAGCUGCUCCCUUCAGUUCCUCCACAGCUCCAAUAGUGAGGGGACAUCUCAGCGAGGGGACAAUCCUGCGCCCCUGCAGGGCUCUGAGCUGGCUUACUGGGGCACAGUUGAGCUUUGGGCUGCAAGAUGAGGAGCCACAAUUAAUUCUCAAAGGCUGAGGUGUAAUCCCAAAAUAUUUCUAUUUAUUAUCUGUUAUCCAAUAUUUCUAGAUAUUAUCCACUGUCUAGUAGGCAGCCAAGCAGGAAGUUCUGCAGAACCUCCUCAACAUGAGACCAGUGUUGUGAGUGAAGAUUUCUGCAAAGCUGAAGGGGAAGGUGCUGCCCCCCCAGAGAAGGCAGCUGUGUAUUCUGCAAACAUCUGCAUAGAGUAUUACCAUUAUCUAUGGUAAUGGAUCUCCCGACUCCUGCUAGUGGCAAUCGUGUUGGUAUGUCUGAGCUCUUUGUCUCUGCCCCCCUGUAGCAGCAGAGUAAAAGCUGCUGUCUGUCCCUGCCCUACUCUGACAAAUUUCAUUAGCAUGAGCAGGUUUGCAUCUCUUUGGUAAUACCACUUGGUUUCAAACAUGGUAUUUCUGAAUCACAGUUUAACAGGAGAUUUUCAAACAAGCAUUUAAUGAAUAAUAGAUAGAAACAGAAAGAAUGCAGCUUAAGAAUUUUAGAUAAAAUUAAACUAGCAGCUGUUAAAUAUUGUAGCAGUCAUUACAUUCAGAAGUAAUCUGCUACCUGUCUAAGAGACUUACACAUUUUAUGUGUAAUGGAAAUGAGAUUUGGUUUAAUCUUGUCACACCAUGAUCAAUUUGUGUCUCUGGGAGCCCAGCAUUUGACACCACCUUUCUGCAGUGCCAUUUGCUUCAAUACAAUGCAAUUAAUAAACCAGCAGUGUAUAAAUAUGUAAUUUGCAGUUCAGAUGGUAAAAAGUCUUCAAAUCAGUAAAGACAGAUGUAUCAGUGGAUGAUAAAACUCAAUAUUUUCUAUUUUUAGAGCUCCAUCAUAGGUCAUGUAUUCUUCUUGUCCUAUACAGACAGCUUGCCAAGUGUCUUUAUUUCUUAACAUAAUGCUGGAAAAAGCAAUGGCAUAGAAAUAGACUCUUUCAUAUUUUUAAAAACUAUUUGUAUAGAGAUAUAUAUGUUAUAUAGAAGAACAUAAGUAGCAUAUAUUAUUUAUACUUAUACAUAAUAUUCUGUAAGAACUAAGACUGGAAAUAAUUCUGGGCACAUGGGACAUUUAUCUCAUUGGGAUGGGAUUGUGCCCCAACUAUGCAGAAUGCUGUUACAGCGAUCAGAAAUAUUUAAAUUGAGAAGGAAGCUUGCAGAAAAGUUACACUUUCUUUUUCUGAUGUUCAUGAGAAUUAGUCCUUGAGAAUGGCAUUUUGCCUGACUGCGGGGGAGGCUUGGUAGGGUUCUGCAAGCAGCCAGUGGCACUGAUAUUCCCAGUUCUGACUGGAGAGCUUGCUGCCAGGCCCCAUGUUAAAUGCAGUUGAGUCAGGAGACUUGUCCUUCAGUAAUUCAGUGAACAGAGCACAUUCGUGUAUGUCUCCUCUCCAUCUCCUGCCUGCUUGGUCUGCUCUGUGAGAUAUAUUGCCCACAGGACUGUCUAAUGCUCAGAAGUUCUGGGAUUUUAAAAUUUAUCCUCAGGUCUGUGGUGAGGGAAGUCUUCAUAUUUACCUAAAGAAAAGAAUAAUUAAGAGCCUGAAAUAUCCAAGGUGGGAUCGGGGGAUUGGUGGGGGUGUGUGUUAUUAAACAGGAAAUUUAAAAGCAAUUUUGUACUGUCUGGUCAAAUAAACUUUCUAAACUUUCCAUUGUUAAUCAGAAAAUGCUUGGGAAUGAUAAAUGGAUGAGGAUUCAAAUAAAUAGAUCUCAAACGAUUCCAUUUGUUUGGUGAAAAAAACCCCCACAAAUAUGUAUAUGUGUGUGUGUCUUCUUGUGAGUGUGUGUCUGACAGGCUUUGUCCAUGCUAGAAAUGUUUGUGGCCUUCUUCAGGUAGAUACAUGGGAGGAGUUAGUGCUUGAAUGUUUAUUUACAUAUUUUUACACAAUUUUUCCUCCAGGAAGCUUGCUUAGUGGGCUCAGGCUGCAAUGUCAGUCCCUACCUACACAGGCCAGAAAUGAAGGACUCCAGGAGAGCUCUGGUCAUUUAUGGUUGUGGUUCCAGAUCGGUUAUGAGACACCUUUAAAUAGAGGUGACAAUUUUGUUUCUGGUUUUGUUUGGUUAGAGACAAACUCAUGAACAGUGUCAUCACUGGUUGAGCAAAGCAGAACUCACACUAUGCCAUGAAAAUGAACAGUCAAUGACAGACAGAGCCUAAAAGGGGUUCACAAGUCAAACUUGAAUAUAGUUCAAUGAAACAAUUUUCUGAUGAACAAAAAACUGUAGGAUUUCUUGAUUAAUGGAUAUAGCAAGUGUAUUUGGAGUUGACAAGAGAUUUGGUUUGGUUUAGGAAAAAUUGACAAAGAGGAUUUUAAUGAAACUUCUACUGGAUUAAUAUAAAGAAAAAAUAUAUCUGUAUAAUGUUAAAACUGAGUACACUGGAAGAUUUAGACAUAAACUAAGUAGGAGGGUUUUCAGUCUUCAAACCUCUGCCUCACCAACAGUCUAAGAAAGAAUUGGAACUGUGGUUACAGUAACUGUUAUCACAGAGAAAGUGAAGGCUGAGAAAUGCAGCCAGAGUGGCAGAAUAGCAGGUUGGCCAAGUCACAGGGUAGACAGACAGCAGAGCACUGGGUUUGUGUGGUGGGUGAGUGUAAAGCAGCAGGCAAGAACAAGGACAGAUGAAUGAGAUGUGCAGUCAUGAUCUCUGGAGGCAGACUGAUACCAGGCAGGGCUGUGAUGGAAUUAUCAAUGCAGUGGAAGUCCCACUCUGUUCUUGCCCAGGAGAGGAGGGUGAAAAGGGGAGGGAAUUCAUGGCUACCCUGCGGUGGAGAACUGCCCAUAAAGCAGCAAGAGCCUUUUAUCAAUAUACUUCAGAGGCUUUACUGCAGCAGCCAAGUGUUCCUGCUGCACACAAAACUCAAAGAUGAACGGGAACGUUUCUGAAAGACGUACAUAAGGUAGUAAAAAGAAAAAGGUAAGAUAGCAGAGAAAUCUGGAUGACCUGCAUAGCUGCAAGAGAUCUGGGAGGGAAGAUAUGACAUGAGUUCUGUAAUUUCAGCAGAACUCUCAGCAGAAUGUGAAUUCUAAGGCAGUAAUUGUCAUUUUCUGAUUCCUUAGUCCAGAAACCAUACUUUUAUAUAAACGACCAGAAGCCUGUCGAUUCAUAGAAUCCAAUGACCUUGACAUUUACCUUUCUCUGUUUCACAAACUUCUCCUCCAAACUCCCUCAGCCUGUGCCUGGUGCUUUAUAACCUGAGGCUGCAAUCCCGGAGAACCCAGUGACUGAGUUUCUCCGCUUGCCUGGCUGAGGCUGUCUCGGGAACGCAGUGCUCGGCCCAGAGAGGAGAAGAACAGGGCCUGAUGCUUGAAAAGGAAUGGAACAGCAACUCCAGGGGGAGAUCGGAAGUAGCAGCGUCCCUUCUCCCUCCAGCGGCCGGGGAUGCUGCGCUCCCCCGGGGGUACAUUCCCCAGCGCCGUUUGAGGCUGCUCAGCUCCAUAAAUGCCAUUUGCAUGGGGAUAGGAUGUAACAAGAGCUGUAAAUCACUGACGGCGGAGUGAACUCCUCAGGGGCAGACACGGCGGAGCCGAGCCUCCGAGAGCUGGGGCAAUGUGUGAACGAUAUCUUUUGUUGGGGGGAGAGGACUGAUGGCAAUUAGAUGAUACUUAUCUGGCCCUUUGAUGUGUAUUUACACAAACAACGUUUUCCUCCGGGAGUUGCUCUAUAAAGGAGGCCCGUGCUCCCCGACACGCUCCUUCCCGGCAUCUCCGAAGCAAGGCACGAUGACCAAGGCCCCUUUCUCCGUGGAAUGGUUGUCCCAGAGCAGCCAAGCUCUCAAGAGCCCCACCAAGGGCUCCCCACACCGAGCAUCGUCCGCGGGCCACCGGAGCGAGCGGAGCCAGGAGCGGCCGGCGGGCCCGCGGGACGGGACGGGCGGCAGGAGCCGGGAGCGCCCGGCGGCCACUCCCGCCGCAGGUACCGAGGGACACCGGGGGGUUCCCGGGCGGGGGCGGCGGCUCUGGGACACCCCGGCACCGGGACGGCACCACUGCUCGGGGGCGGCGGUUCCCCACGCGGUGCCCGGGCCCGGCUGACCCUUUCCUUCUCCUCAUCCCUGUGCCCAGGAGCAGGCGGGAGGCCAUCGGGAGCGGAGCAGCCGGUGCCGGAGGAGGGUCCCGAGUGCCCGGGCCCCGAGGAGCCGUGCGGGCGCGGCGGGCGGCGGCUGCGCACGGCGUUCAGCGCGGAGCAGAUCAGCACCCUGGAGAGCUCCUUCCAGCGGCAGCAGUACCUGGGCGCCGCCGAGCGCCGGCAGCUGGCGGGCAGGAUGCGCCUCUCCGAGGUGCAGAUCAAGACCUGGUUUCAGAACCGGCGGAUGAAGCUCAAGCGGCAGCUGCAGGAGUUGAGGACGGAGCCCUUCUGCAGCCCCGCUCUCCCGUACGGACCUCAGGGCGCUGUGGUGCCCCUGCCGCUCCCAUACGUGGCCCGGCCACCCCCUCUGCCCCGGCAAGGAGCUGCCUCUGAGGGCUUCCCUGUGGCGGCCCUGCCGGCACCCGCCCUGGACCUCAGCAGCGCCUGCAGAGCACAGCCAGUUGGCUUUUGGGCAGCACCCUGCUUUGUGGGCUACCGGGACCCCAGGGCUUUCCUGCUGGGUGUCUGACCCUCCGAUACCAACUAGGACUAAAGAGGAUUUGCACUACUGACAGAUAUCUGGGCUGCUCUCGUCCGUAACUGCUUGGUGGAGUUAUGAUGCAGCACCGAUCUAAACAUUUACAAAGACAUGCUGGACAAUCUGAAUCAUGGACUUCAGGCCCUUGCAUUUAUAGGCAACUGUAAAAUAUAAACGGGGUGGGACAAACAAUAAUAUAAAUGGAAUCUUUUAAUAAACCUAUUUUUUUUCCCA